AAAAUGGCGUUGUUGAAGCAGAGCACAGGACUGACAGAUGAGCAGGACUGCAUUUUGGAGCCGCUUUGCUUUCCUGAGCAGCAGAGUGCUGGUGUUACACAAUCCUUAUCGGAGGAUGACUGCCAAGUGUGCUGUGUGCUGUGUUCACAUUCGACUUUUCUCUCUCAUAAAGACCAGCUGCUGAAGCAUCUUCUGCUGGAACACAAACUGGUCAUUGCUGAUAUUAAACUCAUCGCAGACUUUCCAAAGUAUAUGCUUUACUGGAGAAAACGGUUUACAGAGCAGCCCAUCACAGACUUCUGUAGUGUCAUCAAGACUAACUCUGAAGGACCUUCUGAGUUGCAGGAAUACUACUUCCUCCUUUGUGAUGUUCUGCCAGAGGACCGUAUCCUUCGAGAAGAGCUGCAGCAGAAACGACUGGAGGAGGUUUUGGAACAGCAGCAGCAGGAACGUGAUGACACGCGUUUUCAGCGCAGCUGCAUGUUUUGUAAUGAAGAAUUUACAGGAAACAGGUCUAUACUGCUCAAUCACAUGGCCAGAGAGCACUCGUUCAGCAUCGGCCUGCCAGACAACAUUGUGUACUGUACACAGUUCCUUGAUCUGCUGGAGAGAAAACUGGACAAUAUGCAGUGUCUCUACUGUGAGAAAAUAUUUCGGGACAAGACGACCUUGAAGGAUCACAUGAGAAAGAAACAACACAGACGCAUCAACGCCAACAAUCACGACUAUGAUCGUUUCUAUGUCAUCAACUAUUUGGAGCUGGGAAAGACCUGGGAGGAGGUGCUGUCUGAGGACGACAGGGAGCUGCAGGAAGAUAAUGAUGAUGACUGGUCUGACUGGCAGGCUCACCCAGUAUGCGCUGUGUGUCUGUACUGUGAACAGCAGGAGGAAACCAUGGACAAGAUCUACACACACAUGCAGGAAACACAUGGGUUUUACCUGCACAAAUUAAAAACAGAUCUCAAUCUAAACUUUUAUCAACAAGUCAAACUGGUUAACUACAUCCGGCGUGAGCUUCACCAGAGCCGGUGCUACGGCUGCCAGAAGAGGUUCGAGACAAGGGAUGAAGUGCUGAAGCACCUGAUGAUGGCAGAUCAUGUAAUGCAACUCUCAGAUGGCACACAUUGGGACCAACCACAGUACUAUUUCCCUACAUAUGAGAACGACGCACUGCUUACAGCUUUGUUGGACAGUGAGAGCGAGUGUGAAGGACCUGAACACAGUUCUGAUGUACCUGUGUUUGCUGAAGACAUUUCCAACCUGAAAGCUUUAAAACAGAACAGUGUGCUGAAGAAUAUGCUUAAGGACAGAGGCAGUACCUAAUAAACUCACUACUGGUCAUCAA